AUGGACGAGAAGCACGCCCUCCGCAAGGCAGCAUCACCGCCCUCGGAUGUUGCCGCCACCGCCGCCGACGAUGUCCACUCGCCCACGCACCGCACCACGGCCGACGCCGACGUGCGCGCCGACCACGCCCGCUUUUCCGACGUCGAGAAGCCCAACUCGACGCGCCCCGACGGCAAGGUCGAGCUGACCGAGGACGAGUGCUACGAGCAGCUGGGCUUCUGCUUCCCCUCGUGGAAAAAGUGGACCAUCCUCAGCGUCAUCUUUGCCGUACAGGUCUCGAUGAACUUCAACACCUCGCUCUACUCCAACGCCAUCCCGGGCAUGACGGAAGAGUUUGGCAUCAGCGCACAGGCCGCCCGCUGCGGCGCCAUGGUCUUCCUUGUCACCUACGCCUUUGGGUGCGAGCUCUGGGCCCCCUGGAGCGAGGAGCUCGGCCGCAAACCCAUCCUCCAGGCCAGCCUGCUCCUCGUCAACAUCUGGCAGCUCCCCGUCGCCCUCGCCCCCAACUUUGGCGCAGUCAUGGCCGGACGCGCCCUCGGCGGUCUCUCGUCGGCCGGCGGAUCCGUCACCCUGGGCAUGAUUGCAGACAUGUGGGACGCCGAUCACCAGCAGUACGCCGUCGCCUUUGUCGUCUUUUCCUCGGUGGGCGGAUCGACGCUGGGUCCCAUUGUCGGAGGCUUUGUGGAAAAGUUCCUCGACUGGCGCUGGUGCAUCUGGAUCCAGCUCAUCUUCGGCGGAGCCGUGCAGCUGGCGCACCUCUUCUUUGUCCCCGAGACGCGCACCACCAUCAUGAUGGACCGCAUCGCCAAGCGCAUGCGCAAGACGGGCGAGAACCCCAACAUCUACGGGCCCAACGAGCUCGUGCCCUUCCGCGAACGCUUCUCGGCAAAGGAGGUCCUCGUCACCUGGUCCCGCCCCUUUGUCAUGUUCGUCAAGGAGCCCAUCGUCCUCUCCCUCUCCCUCCUCUCCGGCUUCAGCGAUGCCCUCAUCUUUAUCUCGCUCCAGAGCUUUUCGCUGGUGUACGCGCAGUGGGACUUUGGGCCGAUCGCCAUCGGCCUGGCGUUUGUGCCCAUCCUGAUCGGCUACUUUAUCGCCUACGCCGCCUUCAUCCCUGCGAUCCGGCGAAACAUCAAGGAGCGCCACGCCAAGCCCGACGACGAGCGCGCCCAGUACGAGUCGCGCCUCUGGUUCCUCCUCUGGACGGCGCCGUGCCUGCCCAUCGGCCUGAUUGGCUUCGCGUGGACCUCGGUCGGCCCGCCCGUCCACUGGAUCGGCACCAUGGUCUUUACCGCCCUCAUCGGCAUCGGCAAUUACGCAAUCUACAUGGCCACGAUCGACUACAUGAUCUGCGCCUAUGGCGAGUACGCGGCGAGCGCCACGGGUGGCAACGGGUGGGCGCGCGACUUCCUCGCGGGCGUGCUGACGGUGCCCGCCGUGCCCUUCUACAGCAACAUCGGUGCCUCGUCCGGGCGCAACCUCGAGUACGCAUCGACGAUUCUCUUCUGCAUCAGCGUGCUCCUCGUGCUCGCCGUCUACGUCGUCUACUACUACGGCCCGACGCUGCGCAAACGCUCCCCCUUUGCCCAGCAGCUCAGCGCCGCCCGCAAAGAGGGCCACGCUGGCCACCAGGCUGUUGCUGGCGCGCGGACGGGGACGCGGACGGGGACGGGGCUGGGGUCCAGGCAGAACUCGUACGUCGCCUCGCAGCGCGCCUCGAGCCGCAACGCAUCGAGGAACGCCUCGAGGAACGCCUCGAGGAACAACAGCUUCAGCGGCGCCUCGUCGAGCAACCACAACGCCACGCCCCGCGACAUUGCCUAG